AGAGCAAAGGACUACUAACCGUGGGUCCUGACGUUGAUCUUUGAGUGCACGGCGCAAGCUCUGAAUAGUUGUUGUGGGCUUUGUUGCGAAACUAACCAGGACCUACCUGCUGUUGUUUUCGGGAUAUUAUUCGCUAAGAGCCUCACAUAAGAUGCCAACUAUAAAAUUGCAGAGUUCGGAUGGCGAGCUGUUUGAGGUCGAUGUAGAAAUCGCAAAACAGUCAGUGACCAUCAAGACCAUGUUGGAAGAUUUGGGGAUGGACGAUGAAGGAGAUGAUGAUCCAGUGCCUUUACCAAAUGUGAAUGCAGCCAUACUCAAAAAGGUAAUCCAGUGGUGCACCCAUCACAAAGAUGACCCCCCUCCCCCCGAAGACGAUGAGAACAAGGAGAAAAGAACAGACGACAUCCCUGUGUGGGACCAAGAAUUCCUCAAGGUUGACCAGGGCACACUCUUUGAACUUAUUCUGGCUGCAAACUACUUGGACAUCAAAGGGUUGUUAGAUGUCACCUGCAAGACGGUUGCGAACAUGAUCAAAGGGAAGACCCCGGAGGAGAUUCGGAAGACGUUCAAUAUCAAAAACGAUUUCACAGAGGAAGAGGAGGCACAGGUGCGCAAGGAAAACCAAUGGUGUGAGGAGAAGUGAGGCAGACAUAAGCCAAGCCCUGCGUAUGGAUUCUGCUAGAGAACCGGCUGCACUGCACUGUUCAUAUUUAUGGAUAGCUGUCAUAUUAGACUGCUAGAGUGGCAGACCCCCCUCAAGUGUAGUCACAGCAUGCUCAAUGACAUUGGUCGUGUGGUUCAGAUCAUGAAAAAACAAAAAAGUUGAAAAAGAUUUUAAAAAAUCAGCGGACUUUAAUACUAUUCUUUGUAGGUGUGAGAGAUUGCACAUAUAAGCAACAGCAGCCACUCUUUCAGACAACCUCAUGUGUUUUGUGUUUCCCAUGAAACAGUAGGACAGCUUGAUGCAAUGUU